GCAAAGUGAAAAGCAAGAUCAGACAUGGCAUUUUGCACAAGAUGGACCCAGAGGUCUAUGUGGAAGAGAGAAUACGUAAAGUGGCCAGGGAUAUCAGAGGCAGUGCAGAAAUCAUGGAAAGCAUUGUCACCGGAUACACAGAGUGGAUACAGCGCUGCGUCAGUUAUGCCACAAAGAGCAUCCCCAAGUUCAUUGAGGUCAACAACAAGCUGAUGGAUGAGAUCCGGGAGCACCGGUGCAACUUUCAGAGAGACAAGGAUCUCCUGAGACACGUCAUGGAUGAUCUGGAGCCUUGCAGGCACAAUCUUAGAGGCUACGGCUUGCUGUACAUGGAUGACAUUAAUGCUGAGAUGUUAGUGUUCAACGUCAGCCAGCGCAACAGUUCUGUGUUCGUACCCAGAGAUCUAGUUGCUGACUACAGACCAAACGAUGACUCGGGUUUUCUGGGCAGUGGCAGCAAACAGAGAAGU